AUGGCGAAUAGCACAGCAGAAGAAAAAGAUUUUAAUGGUACGAGUGAUGAUAAAACUAAUAACAAUAAUAAUAAUCUAAUUGAUAAAAAUGAAGUCAAUAAAGGGUAUGGUCAACAACAACCCCAACAACAAGCUGAUCAUCAUCAACAACAAAAGCAACAGCAACAACAAAGGGAACAACCACAAUUUCAAAUGGAACGAAAACCACAAGUAGCAAGAAGUCCCAGCUUUCUAAAGAUGAGAAGUUUUUUCACUGACAACAUGACAAAGAUGUGCUCAUACGUUGCAAGGAAGACUGAUGAUGACAACAACAACAAUAAUAACAGAGAUAUCAACAACAACAACAACAGUUGCAACAACAUUACCAACAAUGUUGACAACAGCUACAAUAAAUACAUUAAAAACCUGGUUAUAGGCAACAGCAAGAACAUCUCAAACAGCUGUAAUAACAUUAGCAGCAGUGUUGCCAGCAACAAAAACAACAACAAAUACAUUAACAACGUGGUUCUUAACAACUACAACAACAUUUCCAAAAGUUGCAAUGACAUUAGCAACAAUAUUUUCAAUGGCCUACAUACAUUGCUCAACAAUAACAACAAUAAUAAUAACAACAACAACAACAAUAAUAACAACAACAAUAAUAACAACAACAAUAGUAACAUUAUGAACAACAAUAAAACGAACAGCCAUAGUAACAGUGUUAUCAAUGUGCUCUAUACAUGGGUCAACAACAACAACAACCAGAAGGAUGAUAAUGAUAAUAACAACAAUAAUAACAACAACAAUAAUAAUAACAAUAAUAAUGAUGAUGAUGAUGGUGAUGAGCAGCCAAAACAGAGCUGGUUGAAUGAGAUGGAGGAGGAGUGUACACUCCGACGAAGACAACAACGCAUGGAAUUCCGAAUGCGACUUGUCCAGAAAUUUUGCGACAAAAACCUGGAAAAAAUUCACCACCAACAACAACUACUACAACAAAAGUUUUACCCCAAAAACCUGGAAAAAAUUCACCACCAACAACAACAACUACUACAACAAAAGUUUUACCCCAAAAACCUGGAAAAAAUUCACCAACAACAACUACUACAACAUCAACUGCAAUAUCGACUGGAGUUAGAACAACAACAACUACACCAUCUGCAAGAACGGAUUGCAUGUAGGCAAAAAGUUGAAAAAUGGCUCAACUCUAUUAAGGAUUAUACCAGCUGUUUGAUUCCAAAUGGCGAACGAAUUCAAGAUGGCCAGUAUUCAGAAUUCGAAUAUGAGGAAAAUAAUGAUGAUAACUUUAAAGAUAGCAAUGAUUCUAUUUUUGGUAGGGGUGUUUCUGAAUGGGAUGGUGGUGAUGAUGAUGGUGGUGAUGAUAUGGGUCUGAACUUUGUAAGGUUGGAGAAAGAGUCAGAGAAGAAGAUAGAGAGUUCCAGAGAAAAGGGCCAGAAAAAGGAAGAUAAAGAUUGUGAAAACCGCGGCAAAAUAACCAUUAUAUAUAAUUUCAUGCUUAUUAACAUAUACUUAACUUAUAAAAGAAGUUUACGACAGGCGGUGGUCGUAUUCGAACCUGGUCACGGUGCAACCAAACCAGACGACCUUAAAAUUUAA